CUGCCCGCGGGGCCAGGCGCUCUCUGCUCGGGGAGCCCGGGGCGCGGCGGGGGCAUGGCUCGGGCGGCGUGGGGACUGCUGUGGCUGCUGCUGGGCAGCGCCGGGGCGCAGUACGAGAAGUACAGCUUCCGGGGCUUCCCGCCUGAGGAUCUGAUGCCGCUGGCCGCGGCCUACAGCCACGCUCUAGAGCAGUACGAGGGCGAGAGCUGGCGCGAGAGCGCGCGCUACCUGGAGGCGGCGCUGCGGCUGCACCGGCUGCUGCGCGACAGCGAGGCCUUCUGCCACGCCAACUGCAGCGGCCCGGCGUCGCCCGCCGCCUCGCAGCACCGGCCCGCGCCCGGCCCCGACGGCGGCGGCGAGGACUGGGCGCGCGAGCUGCGGCUCUUCGGCCACGUCCUGGAACGUGCCGCCUGUCUGCGGCGCUGCAAGCGGACGCUGCCUGCCUUCCAGGUGCCCUACCCUCCUCGCCAGCUGCUGCGCGACUUUCAGAGCCGUCUGCCCUACCAGUACCUGCAUUAUGCACUCUUCAAGGCUAACCGGCUGGAGAAGGCGGUCGCCGCAGCCUACACCUUCCUCCAGAGGAACCCGAAGCACGAGCUGACCGCCAAGUAUCUCAGCUAUUACCGGGGGAUGCUGGACGUCGCCGAUGAGUCCCUUACGGACCUAGAGGCCCAGCCCUAUGAGGCGGUGUUCCUCCGGGCUGUGAAGCUCUACAACAGUGGGGACUUCCGCAGCAGCGCCGAGGACAUGGAGCGGGCCCUGGCCGAAUACCUGGCCGUUUUUGCCCGGUGUCUGGCUGGCUGUGAGGGAGCCCAGGAGCAGGUGGACUUCAAGGACUUCUACCCAGCCAUAGCAGAUCUCUUUGCAGAGUCUCUGCAGUGCAAGGUGGACUGUGAGACCAAUUUGACCCCCAACGUGGGUGGCUACUUCGUGGAAAAGUUCGUGGCCACCAUGUAUCACUACCUGCAGUUUGCCUACUACAAAUUGAAUGACGUGCGCCAGGCUGCCCGCAGCGCUGCCAGCUACAUGCUCUUCGACCCCAAGGACAGCGUCAUGCAGCAGAACCUGGUGUACUACCGCUUCCACCGGGCACGCUGGGGCCUGGAAGAGGAGGACUUCCAGCCCCGGGAGGAGGCCACCCUCUACCACAACCAGACUGCCGAGCUGUGGGAGCUGCUGGAGUUCACACACAUGUACCUGCAGUCAGAUGACGAGAUGGAACUGGAGGAGACCGAAGUGACCCCAGAACCCAAGGAACCCCCAUCCGACGCUGAGUUUGAGGGGGAAGGUGACUACGAGGAGGGCCUCUAUGCUGACUGGUGGCAGGAGCCAGAUGCCAAGGGUGAUGAGGCUGAGGCUGAGCCGGAGCCUGAACUGGCAUGAAACGGGCGCCACCCCGCACCCAUCGGGAGUUUGGGGAGCCUGAACAGCAGCAAGAACUAUUUAUUAAACAUUAAAAUGGACACAGCUGCUUGAGCCCCCAUCCUGCCCCACCUGUGAGCGAUGCUCCCCAGACCCCAUCCGGCCUCUUCCGUCUCUGGGCCACAGAUGGUGGCGGUGCUGCAGGUUGGCAGAGGUCCUCUUCCUCCCCACUGCUCCCCCAGCCUGGACAGUCUCCUGGAGAAGUGCCAGCUGCUGACCAGAGUCUCAACCUGAGGUGCAGGGGGACAGUGGGGUUAUGAUGAACACUGGACCAGGAGUCCUGAGCGUUCUGGCACCCUGACACCUGGUGCUUAAUAAACGUUUUAUUGUUGAAUGUGU